UGCGCUGCGGUGCGGUGUCGGGCCGGCGGCGCGGCGCAGUGCAGGAGCCGGAGCCACGGCCGGUAGCAGGGCGCGGGCAGCACCGCGGCUUCGCUGGCGUCUGGCGGAGCGGGGCGGCAGCGGGCUGCGGCCGGCGGGUCUCGCCGCGCCCCCUCGCUGUUCUCUUCCCUCCUCCCCGCCGUUCCCGUGAGCCGCUCCCCGCCCGGGUCCCGCGGGUGCAGCAUGAAGUGCAGCGAUGGCCCGGAGAGGUAAGACGGCGGUGAGGACGCUGGAAGACCUGACGCUGGACUCCGGGUAUGGUGGCGCGGCGGACUCGGUGCGCUCCUCCAACUUGUCGCUGUGCUGCUCGGAUUCGCACCCCGCGUACCCCUAUGGAGGAAGCUGCUGGCCGCACCUAACUGACUCCAUGCACAGUCGGCACAACAGCUUCGACACCGUCAACACCGUCCUAGCGGAAGACUCCGAGGUGCUGGACUGCGUGGGGCAGCAGUGCUCCCGGCUCCUGCCCGACCUUGAGGAGGUCCCCUGGAGCCUGGAGGAGGUGGAGGCGCUGCUGCUGCUGCCGCCGCCGCGCCGGGAGCCGCGGGCGCCGGGCGCCGCCGCCGCCGCCAGUCCCGGGAGCCGGGAUGCGGCGGCGCGGCUCUCGACGCUGGUGAGCCGGGCGCUGGUGCGCAUCGCCCGGGAGGCGCAGCGGCUGAGCCUCCGCUUCGCCAAGUGCACCAAACACGAGGUGCGGAGCGCCAUGGAGAUCGUCCUGGGCUGGACGCUGUCGGCCCGCUGCACGGCGGCCGCCCUCGGGGCCCUCUCGCUCUACAACAUGAGCGGCAGCGGCGGCGACCGCUUCAGCCGCGGCAAGUCGGCGCGCUGCGGGCUGGCCUUCUCCGUGGGCAAGUUCUACCGCUGGAUGGUGGACAGCCGCGUGGCCCUGCGCAUCCACGAGCACGCCGCCAUCUACCUCACCGCCGGCACCGAGAGCCUCUUCCGCGACAUCCACGCCCGGGUGCUGGCCGGCCCCGCCGCCCCGCUCCCGCCGCCCGGCCGCCCCCCGGCUGCCGCCGCCGCCCCGGCCGAGAAGGAGAAGGAGGGCGGCGAGGCGCCCCGCUUUACCCUGGAAGCGCUGGAGCAGACGGUCAACAACGACCCCGAGCUCUGGGGCUUGCUGCAGCCCUACCAGCACCUCAUCUGCGGCAAGAACGCCAGCGGUGUUCUCUGCCUGCCGGACAGCUUGAACCUUCACAAGGACCAGCAAAGGUCAAACAAGCCGGGGGAAGUGCAGAUGUUCAGCCAGUCUGAGCUGAGGACCAUUGAGCAGUCCUUACUUGCUACGCGCGUGGGGAGCAUUGCUGAACUCAGCGACCUGGUGUCUCGAGCAAUGCACCACCUCCAGCCCCUCAAUGCCAAGCAGCAUGGGAACGGGACACCAAUGCACCAGAAGCAGGGAUCGCUGUACUGGGAGCCGGAGGCUCUGUACACCCUCUGCUACUUCAUGCACUGUCCGCAGAUGGAGUGGGAGAACCCCAAUGUGGAACCAUCAAAAGUCACGCUGCAGACUGAGAGGCCGUUCAUUGUACUGCCUCCCCUGAUGGAGUGGAUACGAGUUGCCGUGGCUCACGCGGGGCACCGUCGCAGUUUCUCGGUGGACAGCGAUGACGUACGGCAGGCAGCGAGGCUCUUACUGCCGGGAGUUGACUGCGAACCUCGACAAUUAAAAAUUGACGACUGUUUUUGUGCAUCUCGGAAACUGGAUGCAGUUGCCACUGAAGCGAAGUUCAAGCAGGACCUGGGCUUCCGGAUGCUCAACUGUGGCCGGACAGAUCUGGUUAAACAAGCCAUAUCCUUGCUGGGGCCGGAUGGGAUUAACAGCAUGAGUGAACAGGGCAUGACUCCACUGAUGUAUGCUUGUGUCAGGGGUGAUGAGGCUAUGGUGCAGAUGCUGCUAGAUGCUGGAGCAGAUCUGAAUGCUGAGGUUGUCAGUACUGCUCAUAAAUACCCAUCCGUCCACCCUGAGACCCGCCAUUGGACAGCUCUGACAUUUGCUGUGUUGCAUGGACAUAUUCCUGUAGUUCAGCUGCUGCUGGAUGCUGGAGCAAAGGUAGAAGGUUCCUUGGAGCAUGGAGAGGAAAAUUACUCUGAAACUCCUUUACAGUUGGCAGCAGCUGCUGGAAAUUUUGAACUGGUCAGUUUACUGUUGGAGCGAGGAGCUGACCCCAUGAUAGGAACAAUGUACAGGAAUGGCAUUUCCAUGACUCCACAAGGUGACAUGAACUCUUUCAGUCAGGCUGCUGCACAUGGACACAGGAAUGUCUUUCGUAAGCUGCUUGCUCAGCCGGAGAAGGAGAAGAGCGAUAUUUUGUCACUGGAGGAGAUCCUGGCCGAGGGGACGGACCUGCCUGACUCGGGGGCAGCUCCGCUCUGUGCCAGCCGCAACAGCAAGGCCAAGCUGAAAGCCCUGAAGGAGGCCAUGUACCACAGCGCCGAGCACGGCUACGUGGAUGUGACCAUUGACAUACGGAGCAUAGGUGUUCCCUGGACGCUGCAUACGUGGCUGGAGUCCUUGCGCACAUCCUUCCAGCAGCACAGACGACCCCUCAUCCAGUGCUUGCUAAAGGAAUUCAAGUCCAUUCAGGAAGAAGAAUACACAGAGGAACUCAUCACACAAGGGUUGCCUCUGAUGUUUGAGAUACUGAAAGCCAGCAAGAAUGAAGUGAUCAGCCAGCAGCUCUCUGUUAUUUUCACUCAUUGCUAUGGACCCUACCCUAUUCCAAAGCUCGUUGAAAUUAAGCGGAAGCAGACCUCUCGCCUUGAUCCUCAUUUUCUUAACAACAAAGAGAUGUCAGAUGUUACGUUUCUGGUGGAAGGAAGACCAUUUUAUGCACAUAGAGUAUUGCUAUUUACUGCAUCACCAAGGUUUAAAGCAUUGCUGUCUAGCAAGCCCUCAUCUGAUAGUACUUGUAUUGAGAUCAACUAUGUGAAGUACCCCAUCUUUCAGCUGGUUAUGCAGUAUCUUUAUUAUGGAGGUGCAGAGUCACUCCUGAUUAAAAAUAAUGAAAUCAUGGAGCUUCUCUCUGCUGCUAAAUUUUUCCAGCUUGAAGCUUUACAACGACACUGUGAGAUCAUUUGUGCAAAAAGCAUUAAUACAGAAAACUGCGUGGAUAUUUAUAAUCAUGCCAAGUUUCUUGGAGUCACAGAACUAUCUUCCUAUUGUGAAGGCUACUUUCUGAAAAAUAUGAUGGUCCUCAUUGAAAACGAAGCUUUCAAACAGCUGUUGUAUGACAAGAAUGGAGAAACGUCUGGUCAAAAUGUACUACAGGACUUACAGAGGACGUUGGCCACAAGGAUUCAAUCAAUUCAUUUGUCUUCUUCAAAGGGCUCCAUUGUGUAAUGCUGAGGAAGAUGGUAACCCUCUAAUAAAGACCCUGCAAGUUAAGUCUGCUGUUGCAGUUGCUUAAACCCAUUGCAGUUGCUUAAAUGACUACAAAAAAGAAAAAAAUUAGAAAAUUCUACUUUGCAUCCCAAUAGUUCUGUGUUGGCCAGAGGUGCUGCACUGGGGCUGCAGCCACGUUUGGAUGAGGGAAUACAGAAAACAAAGCUUCUUCGUGUUUUUGAGCAAACAGGGUACAAGAGUAUCCAGUGAAUCACUGUCGUACUCAAAUUCUGAACACACACACGUGGUUAUGGAGCUUGAUGCCAACAAAAGCCAGAACUCACUUCAGUGAACAGCAGAAGCUCCAGCCUGAGCGGUGGUGCCAGGGAACACCCAAACUGACCGAUUAAUCGUUUAAGGCGAAUUUGUUCCAGUGUUACAUAUUUAAGAACUAUAACUAUCCCAGAGUCCAUUACCUUGUGCAUUUAAGAAAUGUAAGAACUGUUAUUGCUGUCAAGCAAAGAUCAACUGUAUUAGAGAGUGGGUAAGACUGUUACAGCUGAGGAAAUAUACUGGCAGAUUUUUAGGGGUGGGAACUUUUUAAAUUGUUCAUAAAAAAUAAUGGGGUGGCCUUGUAGUUUAAAAACUAUUUCUUAAGCUUAAAACUUCAUUUUUGACAGAGCUGUGUUUGAGAAUCUAUGUAACAUGUUUUGUUUUUUUAAAUGGUAAAAUGUACAUUGUGUAAACAUACAUGUGAUCAAGUUUUGCUUGUAUUCUUUCCUAGGGUGGUAUAAUCUUGCCUAACAGGCUGUGGUUACACCAAAGAGGUACAUUACCCAGACUAUCUCUAAUACAGUAGUUUUGGGGGCAGGAGAACUGCAUGCUUCUCGUGAUUUGGGGUUAAAAACAAUGACAAACUCAACAUGCAUUUGCAUGGUAACUGUACCUGUGAAAUGUUACAUCUGUGCUUCGUUUCGCCAAGACAAAUGCAAUGUUACUUCUUGUCAAACUUCGGUUGUGAAAUCAGCAUAUUAUUUUAUUUGGUGCGAUUGGUUGUGAUACGAUACCCCUGGAGACCCUUGUUGAGAUGCUGAUUUCUGUUUGUUACAGUGAAGGGAUAAUGAAGGUCUUUACUUCGGUCAUGUGUCGAUACUUUGCUACUGGCCAGAGAUUGUGUCUGAGUUAGACUUUUUAAAAUUAUAAUUAAAUAUGUACUAUAGAAUGAUUUCCCACUGUAUCCUGAGAAUGUAUAGGUUAUCUACAAUGCAAGGUUUGGGUGGGGUGGGAUGGGGGUGUGAUUUAAUGUCAAAGCUUAUUUUCUUUUGCAGCAUAUUGUUAGCAAGACAAAUCUGCUACAUGCCACAACAUUCCUGAUGCUCUGUCUCUGAAAACCACAGCAAGUAGGCAAAGAUGUUGCCUUCUCCAUGGCAAAGUGACAUUAAUAUAUUCAUUUUGUAGCAUGCCGUUCGGAAACUGUGCCCAGUUCAUAGAUUUUAGAAGUUUUAUUUUGACAGUGCAUGUUAACCUCUUGUUCUUUUGUUGAUGUAUCUACGUCAGGUGCUCUUCCAUGUUGAUAGCUUUUGGCACGCUCAGAGAACACAGUUUUGGCUUUAGUUAUCGGCACGGCAGGAAGCUGUUUUAUGACUCUGAGGUGUAAAGCCUCCUGUGUGCUUGGUCUUUUAAAGCCUUUACAGUAUCUGCAACAAAUUACAAAAAUGUUUAAACUGCCACUAAUGUCACAGAGAUGCAGCAUGUCAGUCAACUGGACUUUUUUUUCUGCAGAGUACGUGUUCAUACAGGAUGUUGUCUGGAACAUCUAGGUAGUGGUGACUUAGGUGUGAGUGUUGCGAUGUUAGAGAAGUGAGACCAUGGUUGAUGCAACAGCAACACACAGGGGUGCUUGUUACUGUUUGGUGUUCCACCUUAUCCAUGGGAACCCAUCCUUCCAUGCCAGUGAUAGCUAAAUAGGAGCAGACCUCACCCCACAGCUUCAUGGUUUAAAAUAGAAAAGUUUUUCAAACAAUAAUUGUGAUAUUAAAAUUCUUCCCUUGGGUACAUGUGUAGUGCCAAACAAGGUCAUUAGGAGUUGCAUACAUGUAUAUCCAUAGGCAAAAUAGCUUUUUUGGGGAAGCAUGCCCACAGGUAGACUGGUGGAUAGGCAGUCUGGCAUCUAAUGCUGUAACGAUAGCCGCAGGUGUCAUGCCCCUGUUUCCAGCUCAAAUACUAACUGUGCUUUGGUAAGGGCAUGUAGAGCCCUGUGUGCACAGGCUGCCCGGGGAAGGUGAAGUCCUUUGAGCAUUUGUAGGAACCUGCCAGGGACUCAUUAGGAAGGAAACAUGGGUUAACUCUGUGCUAGUUGUUCUUCUGAUGAGAGUAUCUGUGGUAAUGUUCACUGGGUUUUUUUCAGAGAUAAAAUAUGUCCUUUGGUGGCUGUACGUGAACUGAGCGGUCACCGUGUCUGGGCACUCUAGGGACAGAGCGCAGCUGCCUCCAAACGUGCGCUGCACAAGUCUGCCCGCAGAGCUGCACUGGCCCGCGUGUUCGCGCGUCCCGCCGCUCCUGCGGGGGAUUGUGAAGCUGGAUGGCUGAGCACAUCAGAAAGCGUGGCAGCGAUCUGCUUUGCUGGUGUCUAGCAAACGGCGGGUGAGAACAAGCCCCAAGAAACGAUAGUUCAAAACUGUUAAGGAAGGGAUUGCAGCUAUAAAAGUGUAACUUUUGCCCUUCAGAAUGCUGGUAACCCCAAAGUCAUAGAUGUAUAGCUGAAAGGAACCUUAAAAAAGAAAGAAUCAUGACGUUCAAUUCUGUUUUGACCUGUGACCCGCAUCGCUUUUGCCAGCAGAAGCGCCAGCCCCUGUGUAACCCUAGCAUUUGUUUCUCCUGGAAGUAGCCAGCAGACCUUUGUGGAUCCACAGACCAGAGUCUGAAAACUGCUAUUUUAGCCCACCUCUCCUGCUGUGAGGCUGGGUGAGGUCUAGCUGAACCAUGCCAGACAGUGCACAGCUUGCAGGCUCUUGAAACAUCCCAUGUCGGGGAUCCAUGAUCUUCACCACCCUCGUAACUGGAAGGUUUUCCUAAGAGUCUAUGUGGAAUUUCUUCAAUGCGAAUUAAGCACUUUUUCUUCAAGCCCUGAUUGACAAGAAGAACAGAUGAUCUUAUAGGAUCUUCUUAAGAGAUUGUUCUAUGCAUGAGAGGAAUUAUCAUACUUUCCUUACUAGUAUAGUCUUUCAUAGUUCUUUUUUUUACUAGUAUUUUCUAGGUCUCUUUUAUUUUUGCUGUCAUUUCCCUCAUGACUCCCCAGUUUCCCCAAAAAGCAGUACUCCAGCAGCGGUUUUAUGCACUAACAAGCAACACAGAGUAACUGUCUCCUGUGGUUUAUGUUAUGUAGAACGUAUCAGAAACUAUAUCCCAGAAUAUUCUCUACAAGAACAUCCCAUGGCUGGCUUUGAUCUAGUCUGUCUUCUGUUAGAAUUCCUGGGUGAGUCCCUGCUGCUUUCCCAGGAGUUCCUAUUUUUAUUUGUGCAUUUGUUUGCUAUACCUUCCAAAGUAUAACACUUUCAACUUGUCUUUAUUAAAUUUGUUCUGCUUUAAUCGGGGCAAUUUCCCCACUUCAUCAAGAUCAGUUGCAAUUUUGAUCCUGUCUUCUAGCCUGUUCCAUAAUCUCCCAAGCUUUAUUAUACAUAGCUUCAUGCAUGGAUUCUUCAUUCCAUUAAUCUGGAGCUGACAGGGGGAAGGGCUCUGUUGUCAAUUUAAUCUAAAAAGCAGUGUGAGUUUCAGUAGGUGCACAUGAAUAUCAUCCCUAUCAGAUAAGCCUCUUUCCAGCAGAGCGUUUUAUUAGCAUUUUUUAGAGCUGGCAUUAUCAUCUUAGAAAACAAAAAGCCUUCUGGUUCUUUACUGUUUGUAUGAGUUGCAAUAAUUUACAAAUUUUGAGGGAAAAUACUGCCUCCCAUCUAGGUGAAAUUGAAAAAAAUACAACAUCCAUAGAAAAACUUGUGAUUUCCUGUCUUUUUUCUUUUUUUAACCAUAACUUUACAGCCUGUAAUGAGUGAAGGGCUGUUUCAGUUCCUUUCCAUCUUUCUUUUUUUAUAAUAAUCCACUGCUGUAAUACUUGAGGACUUACAAGCAUCCUGCCCCUUCCUCAUGGCAGAUCUUUCCUUUUGCCUCUCUGCAAGGUCCUCCCUUAGUUUCCGGAAUUUCCUCCCAUUUCCACUUUGCUUCAUGUGCUGCCAGUGUCCACACUUCCCAGUUUUUUUUACUCUAGAGCCCUGUUGGAUCCCUUCCCAAGCCCAGAAAGGACAUCUGUGUUCUCCUGAAUAGCCAAUUUUCGCAUAAUUGGCUUGAGAGCUGGGAAGAGAAAAGGGUGGGGAAUGUAGGAGGGCAAAGGUUCUGGACAUCACAGAGGAAGGCUGGUAUUCUUUUCAUGACAAAUUUCAGCACUGUCUACUUGUUUCUCAGAUUUUCCCCUGAUCUAUUCCUUAUGCCUGCUGUCCUCUAAACACAGCUGGUGGCCAGAUGCUCUCCGUUCUGGAAAAGGGCCAGGUUUUUAAUGGCUAAGACUUUUUCCCCAGCUAAAACUUUUGCCUGCUUGGUCUCAGCUUCGGAGUAGAUUUGUGCAAAUGUCUAUUAAAGACAGAGGAAACAUCUUUAAAAGAGGUGUGAAGGCUUAGUAGCCAGGCUCCUAUUGGCACUAAUGAGAGCUGCUUGCUGAAUCCUCCACAUGCUGCUUUUGACACUGAGCCUUUUUGUAUGGAAUAUCCACUGGCUUCAUACCAGACGUUGCACAGUCCUGGAUGGGCUGCAGUGUGCGGUGUGCUGGGGUCUUUCAGAAAUUCUAGUUUUGUUUCAACAGUGUAGCACAAUAUGCUGCUCUUUGAAGGUUAAAAGAAAAAGGAAAAUCCUUGGUUUGCACUGAAAUAAACUGCUCUGAGGUGGUGCAGUGAGAAAAAAGAAAGGGCUUCUCUUCUUUCCCCAGCCCGUACCAGUCUAAAAUCAAGAGGAGGGUUCUGUUAACAGCAUGCAAUGCAGCUUAGAUCUGUGGGGACUCAGGCAUGCAGGACCCUGUUUAAGAGGGGGUUUUAUGUUCCAGAAAAAUACAAGUGGUAAAGUCACACAUCCACAUACUUAAGGCAAGGCUCAGGCCAUGCUAGAGAAAAAAACAUUGCCAGUACUCUUGUCCAUAGGUUAAAUCCUAGGAGAGGCUGAGACCCUCUAGAACUUGUCAGUUGCAGGUAUUCGGUGUCCUUCAGGAGCUGGCUCUCUCUUAAAAAUAUUGCUGAAAGACGGCAUCCUGCAUUCACUAAAGCUGCCUCUGAGGUCAGUGAAUAAUUAUUUUUUUCUAUGAACGACAGUUACUUAAAGACUUGAAGUUAGUUUGUUUGACAAAUUGUCUUUCAUGUGAGGCUCUGCAAGUGCUUUACAGAAAUGAAGGGCUUGAUGUUGCUUUCAUCCUCUGGCUCAGAGAUGUUGAAAUGUCUAAGCAUUAAAAAAGCUGCUUAGGAUUUGUCCUAAUAUUUAAUAAACUAGCUUGCAGAAAGUUAGCAUUGAAUUAGCACUCAAAUCAUAUCUGAAACCCCAUAGACGAGAACAUUGCUGAUUUUUGAUGUCUGCCUAUAAACACAACAUUUAUAUCUCUAACUCACAGCACUUCCAAUCACAUUUUCCCUACAUUUAUAACAAAAUCAAUGUUCUGUUAUUUUUAACUUGUAAUUUAUUUGAGGUAAGAUCUGUUCUCUUCAGUGAGUGAAGGCCAAGGCUGCCCACUGACCAGAUCAUCACAUUUCAGUACAACUGCACCUGACCUGCCAUUUACAACUGGCUUCCAAGGGCAAAAAAUAGCCAAGCCGAGUCUUCAGCUGUGAGUCAAUGAUCUGUGAGUUCAAUCAAACCGCUGCUGAGAACAUUACAAAUGCGUGCCCAAAGCAGAAGGGAAACCUGGAACCCCACAGAAGCUAAUGGGCAUUUGUCAGCUGCCUUCACUGAGCCUAAGAACUGGGGAAGCAAGCUCAGCGUGGAUAGCAGGGGGUACUCAAUUUCUUUUUGUUGCCAUUAAACUGUCAUUCUUUCAGCUUGGUUCAAGACUUAGUGCGUGGAACAGCCAUGGGUGGCCUAGUGCAUAUUUGUCUUAGGUGCAUGCAAAGAGCUCAAAUUGUGGUAUCUCACAUUCUUGAGUCAGUAGUCUUGGUAGAUGUUGCUUUUGUGCUUUGCUUGGACUGCUUGUCACUAAAAUGCCCAGGAGACAUGGCAGCAACUUACAAGAGAGGUUGUGUUGGUUGGAUAGGUUAAGUUCUACAAAAAUCUUGUGGUUUGCAAGCUGUGUUGUUUAGUUUACUAAAACUGUCCAUCUGAUGUACCAGAGUGGCAAUUUCGGUGUUUGUUUUGCUUUGGAGAGGCAUUUUUCAUCCUCCUUUGGGCUUACAGUUUUGUUCUUUCAUCCUGCAGAGGUGAUGACACUGUGCAAAUGGGCAUGCUUGGGUUAGGUGCAGGUUCCUGUCUGUGUUGGAUGGCAUGCUAGUGAAGAGGUCUCACUCAGUAAGUGAAGAGGAUUAGGUACCAGAAUUUGAGUAUCUAACCCCAGAUGUUUGCCUUGGAUUCCAGAGGUACAGUGUUCCCUGUUUCCUGCUUCAUUUGUUCUCCAGCUCAGAGUUUCCAUGAAAUCAAAGGGGAGGGGAGGGUAGAAGACAGGGCAGGGGGAGAGGAAGAGCAGCCCCAUCUCCCACCCCUUGCUUGGCAUCCCCAACCAGCCCGUUUGGCUCUGGUCUCUUCAGUGCUCACACGGGGUUUGCUCAGUCCCACUGCUCACAUACGGCCAUGGAGCUCUAGCAGUUGGUAGCUUUUCUUUGUCCUUAUAAAUAUCUUCACGGCUGCAGCUGCAAGAGCGAAUUUGCCUGAGCCCUUUUUUGUGCAGUUAACUGGUCUUUCCACUUUCCAUCGUCUCUGCUGCUGUGUUUUCAUUAGAGCUUCCAUUACUUGGCUUUGCCCUGUGCAGUGAGAGGCAAUCUUCUUUCUUACUGCCUUUCUAAAGCAAAUAAAGACAGGGAAAAAAAAUGCUCUGAAAUACCCAAUCAGAAAUCAUUCAUGGUUUAAAAUAAGCCACGUUAGAAAAUGGAGAUGCUCAGACACACACACAAAAAAGACACCCACUUCAGAAAAAGCCAAUGCGUUAGGAGGUCAUUUUAAUUAAUUAAGGUUAAAGCCUUAGCACCUCUUAUGUUCUAGCAGGGACAGAUUAACAUGGUUGAAAACAUCUGGACUUGUUCAAGCGAGUCCAGCCUUACUCUUUCCCCUUCCCAGCAGUGGAUAAAUUGACUAUGCUAUAGCUUCCUGCGUGAGAGGCAUUCAAAUGAGCCUCUCCAAAGUCUGGUUCUCUCUGUUCUGUGUAGCUUUUAAAGAACUUACAGCACACCUGUGGGCUGAAAUUUGCUCCUGAGCACAGUCAAAAGCCCCCUGUGCCCCAGCGCUGGCUGUGCCUCACCGGGGCAGAAGGUAGGAAAGCAGCACAGGAAGCCCCUGGAGCCUCAUCAGAGGGAAAGCUGCUUCUCCAGCAUCCAGGCAUUCACUUCAUCAAAUACCCUGCUAAACCUGCUCAGGCCUGGGUAGACCACUGAUAGACGAAUGUGGGACAGUCGGUUCGGUACCUUGGGAACUGAUUUUUGCCUUGCAGUUACUGAGCCAGCGACUAAUUGUGCCAUUUGGGGGCAUGGUGAAAUGUGCAGUCUUCCUUGAGUUGUGAGUUUAUGUUUAGCCACUGAAGAAUACAAGGACUGAAGGAAACUAUCUGAGAGCUUUUUGACCUCAUGAUCCUGGCUAAAUUCCAAUUAAUACCAGAAGAACUUGACUUAUGUCUCGUUGG